AAAUGUCCCCAACUGCAGUGGUCUGCUGUGGCUCUCUACUCUACACAAUGAAGCACAUCGUAGUGCUGCUGCUGUCCUCAGCGGUGCUGCUCUGCAGCGCUGCUCCAGCGUUGGAGUUGGUAACAUGCAGUGAAGACAGUGGUGCUGCGGCAGCACAUCUGGCAAUGCAUCACAUCAAUGAACAUCAUGACCAUGGCUACAAGUUCAGACUCAGCGAGAUCCAAGAUAUCAAAGUGGUUACGGUCGAUGGGGGCUGUGAUGUUGAGUUGCAGUUGAAGCUUCUGGAGACAAAGUGUCAUGUCGUAACACCCAAACACUUUGAGGACUGUGAGAUCCGCGAAGAAUAUGAACGGGCUGUGAUGGCCAACUGCACUGUUAUGAUCACUGUGAAAAGUGAUGAUGCGAAAGUCACCAAAUAUGAAUGUGACACAAGGCAAGCAAAAACUAACCUGGAGAUGGUGAGGAUCUGCCCUGACUGUCCCUCGCUGAUUCCACUCAACAGUCCUGAAGCUAUGAGGUCUGUGGAUGAAACUGUGAAACAAUUCAAUCAGAACACCUCCAACCAGCACUACUACAUCCUGCAGGAGGCUGGACGGGUUCUAUCUGGGUACAUGAUGAUGGCAGGGAUGGUGUACUAUCCUGAAGUUGUCCUUUUGGAGACUCGUUGCCCAAUGGGAUCCAGAAUAGUUCCUGAGGCAUGCAAACCCCUCUGCCCUGACAGAGCUCAUCAUGCUGUCUGCCGUUCAUCCUAUUCUGCCAAAGAGGGACUCGGGUCUGUUGAGUGUGAAUUCUAUCCUCCAUCAAAUGUUACUGCCCUCAGCCCUGGUGAGCGGGAGCCUGUAUGUAUGCCUCCAUAUCAUGUAGGCCCUCCGCAUCCUCCUGGUAGUGGAGGACCCCCACACCUUGGACCCCCUCCCCAUGGACCCCCUCCCCAUGCCGGCCAUGGACCCCCUCCCCAUGCCGGCCAUGGACCCCCUCCCCAUCCCGGCCAUGGACCCCCUCCCCAUGCCGGCCAUGGACCCCCUCCCCAUGCCGGCCAUGGACCCCCUCCCCAUCCCGGCCAUGGACCCCCUCCCCAUGCUGGUGGUAGAGGACCCCUUCCUGGUCAAAAAAGACCUCCCUUCAUUUCCCACCCACCCCAUCACUGCCGUUCUUUUAACCUGCUCCGUUUUGAACCAGCUCUCCACCCCAUUUGCCCCUGGCCUCAUCCUGAACUGCACCCCCACCCCAAACAUACCUAAAGAUAUACACAUUGUUACAUGUUAAGGUGAUCAGACAACAGUCUCUAAUGUAAGAAAUGCUUAUGUCCUUAUAACAUAUUAAAGAGCACAUGUAAAAUAAA